GUUCUUCGUAGGGUGACGUGUAAUAUCAGGACCCCGCUACUUCCGGUUCGGCGUAAACGCUGCUGUGCUCUUAGAAGUUUGGAACAUGUCUAAAGUAACGUUUAAAAUUACGCUGACGUCGGACCCUCGGUUACCGUACAAAGUAUUAAGUGUACCUGAAAGCACACCAUUCACAGCUGUACUGAAGUUUGCAGCAGAGGAGUUUAAAGUGCCUGCCGCUACCAGUGCCAUUAUUACAAAUGAUGGCAUCGGAAUCAAUCCAGCACAAACAGCAGGAAAUGUUUUCCUGAAACAUGGAUCGGAGCUUAGAAUCAUUCCCAGAGACAGAGUUGGAGCGGGGCGAUGUCCGACAACUGUCUGAUCAAUCAGGGACUAUUCUUCACCUUGGAUGCAAACAUGCUUGUGUAUUUAUUAUUGAGCCCUGAGGUGUUAGUUUGCUCUUUUUAAUAGGAGCAGCAAAGACGCAUCUGAUCCAUCUUGCCAUGUCGGACCCCUUUCCUGGACAGAUGUCGUCCAAAUAAAAUUUCCAUUUGGUUUAUUAAUUCACAUAACUGUUAUUAGACCUAGCAGCCUAAACAUUGGCAAUGUCUCAUUAUUUGCUUAAUUCUAUAAUACAUUGUUUAUGUGAAUUGUAAAUCUGUCUUGAUGUCUGCUUUGAUUCAGAACUUUUGAGUGAAAUAAUUUCUGAAGUUUAUUGGUCAGAUGGUCAAAAUAGUUAUUUUUAUUUUUGUUAUAUUUCACAGCUCUCUUGGUUAACUUGUUCUCAAAUUGUCAUAAAAUGAUUGCUGUUAUGAAAUUUUAGCAAUCUUACAGAAACGUAUCUCUAUUCAGAUUAGCAUAUUUUAAAAGAUAAAUAAAAUUAUAAGUGGUUUAAUCCCA